AUGGUGACAAUAUUUUACGAAUUAGUUGUUAUUGUAAAUUUGCGUUUAGAAAUGUUGGCUAAACUGUGUUUUUGAACGAUGCGCCCCCUAGUGUCAAACAAAAACCCAUUCAUUUUUAAUGUUUUAUUAAAUAAAUUAGUAAUUUUCGUCAUGUAAGUGCGCCCGAAAUGAGUUUAAAUUUAUUCAUCCGUGGCCCAAUUAGUGCCUGCGUGAGAAAAACUCUCAAAAAUCAACUCCACGAUUAUAGGUUAUGUCACAAAAACUUUCAAUUUUCAUCUUGUUUGUGCACGAAAACUGAAAAGCAGCCACAAAUUGAGCAAAAUGCCUCCCCAACCGCCAAAUUCCGUGGUAAAUUACUAAACGGCCCUAACCUCAAAGACUUCUUCCGGGCGGAAAAUUUAAAAGACCAGGAGAAUCUCGUCGAGGAGCAGGUCGUGCCCUACUUACAGGACAUCAAUAGAUAUGGCCAAAAACGCAAAGUUUAUUUUGACGUUUAUGGAUGUCAAAUGAAUGUCAAUGACACUGAAAUAAUCUGGUCGAUUUUACAAAAACACAAUUAUCUCAAAACUGGAAACUUAUUGGAGGCCGAUGUCGUGCUUAUCGUCACUUGUGCGAUCCGCGAGGGGGCCGAGGCGAAAAUCUGGGGGCGUUUGGAGUACCUCCGCGGGAUUAAUAAGACCAAAGCGGCGUUCAGUUCGCGUUUCAAGGUGGGGAUUUUGGGGUGCAUGGCCGAGCGCUUGAAACACAAAGUCUUGGAGAAGGACAAAACGGUGGAUUUGGUCGCGGGGCCCGACGCCUAUCGAGACCUCCCAAGACUGCUGGCGUUGACCGAAAACGACCAAAAAUCCGUCAAUGUCCUGCUGUCUUUUGACGAGACUUACGCCGACAUCAUGCCGGUGAGACUCAACGAGAACUCGGUCUCGGCCUUUGUGUCGAUAAUGCGCGGGUGUGACAACAUGUGCACCUAUUGCAUUGUUCCCUUCACGCGAGGCAAGGAGCGGUCGCGCCCCAUCGACUCAAUCUUGCGCGAAAUUGAACAAUUGGCGCAACAGGGGGUGAAAGAGGUCACUCUUUUGGGGCAAAAUGUGAACAGUUAUCGGGAUUUGUCCAAUUCGGGGGAGGUUUUUAUUAAUAAUCACACGAAUUUGGCCAAGGGUUUUAAAACUGUGUACAAGUCGAAAGUUGGCGGUCGCCGAUUCGCCGACUUGUUGGAAAGAGUCGCCGAUGUGAAUCCCGAAAUGAGGAUUCGGUUUACGUCCCCUCAUCCUAAGGACUUCCCCGAUGAAGUCCUCCAUGUGAUAAAGUCGCGUCCUAAUAUUUGUAAAAAUCUACACAUGCCGGCGCAGUCGGGAAAUUCGAAUGUUUUGGAGAGGAUGCGUCGGGGGUACACACGGGAGGCCUAUAUCGAAUUGGUACACCAUAUCCGUUUUUUACUACCAGAAGUUAGCCUCAGUUCGGAUUUUAUCUGUGGUUUUUGUGGGGAAACAGACGAGGAGUUCGCAGAUACAAUCACUUUAAUGGAAAUCGUAAAAUACAACAACGCAUAUUUGUUUCCCUAUAGUAUGCGCGAGAAAACAGCCGCACAUCGCAGAUACACUGAUGAUGUUCCAGCCGAAAUAAAGCAGAAACGUCUCGAACAAAUGAUUAAAACGUUUCGGUUUCACGCAGAGAAACUCAAUGCGGCCCAAAUCGGGCGCUUACAAUUGGUUUUAAUCGAAGGUUUUAGUAAAAGAUCGCGAAAUCAAUUAGCUGGUCGAAAUGACCAAAAUAUUAAAGUUAUUAUCCCUGCCGGGGAAGUACCGCAAAAGGAUGGCCGGAGUAGUAAAGAACUAGGGGCUGGGGAUUACGUCGUAGUGCAAAUAAACGCCGCAAAUUCCCAAAUACUGAAAGGAAUCCCUCUAUACCACACAACUUUAAGCGAUUUUUAUCUCGAAUCUCCCGAUUGUUUUGAGGAUUCCUGUUAUAACAUGAUUUAAAUAAUAUUGUUUUAUUUUUCUUUGGCAUAACAAUUGGAAGCAAAGUAAAUUAAAAAAUAAAUGGAAGUACGUUGCA